AUGGCAAGACAUAUCAGCAGCACUGGCCAAUUUCAUCACUAUCUGCCGCGCUUUGUUUUGCGUCGAUGGCAACCGACUAGCCUGGCAGGUCACAAGACAAAGGGUAAGAGUCGGAACCGCAAACGGGAACGCAUCAAUUCCUACGACAGACAGUCUAACACGCUGGGCACGACCGAUCUCGGCAAGACGUUCGCCUGGCAGGCCUUCUCCAAACUCGAGAGCGAUACUGCAAAUGUCUUUCAAAUCCUAGCCGACGCCGAGGAGAGGGGCUGCUCCUCGAUAGAGUUAGUCCGCUCCCAGCUCAAUACCAUCCGGAAGUUCCUCUUCCUCCUCUUCUACCGGAACGGGGUCCACUCUCGUCAGUUCAUCGAAAAUCGCUUUGACCCAGCCACAGAGGACGUGGUGAAACAGUACAUGGAAAGGCAUGGCCUGGCGGACGCGCGGGCGGUCUGGCUCCGCAACCUUGCCCUGCUCCUAGAAGACGAGCACUGGGAGGUGGCGACCGACGAACGCCUGCCAACCGCGGUACGGCAGGACUACGAAAGGGAAGCCUUGCAUAUGCAACCUGGGCUGUACCGUGCUCCCCCUGGCACUGAAUUCGUCCUUACCGAGAACGGACCCGGCCUCGCGGAAGGGGCUACAACGCCCAUGAACCACAUCAUCGACAUGAUGUCCCCAGGCGCCCCAGGCGCUUCCUUCUUCCCCCUAACACGGUCUUUCCCCAUCACUCCGAAACUCGUUAUCAUCAUGCGCUCGACCGCGAUGACAUGCGAGACGGCUUUGCUACAGGCCGGGUCCAGUAACGUCUCGUACUUUACAGCGGUUUUCAGAACUAUGCGGAAUCGCGAGAAAAACGAAAACGCACCUCGGGCACUGGACCAGCGCCCCGAGCCACGAUUAGAUUAG